UGCCAAUUCAAUGCGGUCUUUAAGAGUGCCAGUAUUGUUAGUUAUCAGCGUUCUAUUAGUAAAACAAUAACUGAUAUGGCUAAUAUGGGCUAAGACCACUUGUUGCCCUGGUCACGCUAACCACCUUCAGGCUGCGUCCCGAAUCAAUGCAACUUGUAAAUAUUAGAUAGAUGCAUUGUAACGUUUAAAAUAUAGAGAAGUUAUUAAAGCUAUUUGCAAAUAAUGCACAACACAUCCUACCCAAAGGAUCCUCCCACGCUAAAUGACAACUUAUUCACACCGCAAAAACAAGAAAUAAACUGAACGCAUGCAACAUGCAAAACGAGGUUAAAUGAUAACUAUAUCAAAUUAAUAUGGAGCUUAAUCUUUUACACAUUGAGGACCAUUGCAAGAAAAUCAAAUUUUUCAAGUUGCGUUUCCAUGGGAUGUAGUUUGGACCCAACCGGGCACUGUAGCUGCACAGUACCGUAGUGCUUCCUGGGUAAUAUGUGGUUUGUGUGUUUGCCUCCUGCAAAGAGUGUGCAGAUUGUCGCUUUUCCUUUGGACAUAAGAGCUUCAAAAUUCGAUGUUUGUAGUGUACAUUUAAGUCAGAAGCUACUAUGCGCGGUUUUCUGCGUUGUGUUUAAGUCGGAAACGCCUUUAACGAAGGACUUCAUUCUUAAUAGCUUAUGUUUAUAACGUACUGUUAAAAAAAGCUACGUUGCUAAUUUAGCUUUUGUUGCACUUUGACUUAAUCUGUUACCGCAACGUGUAAUAAACCUCUUUCUAGGAUGAAAUGUCUGUUUUCAGGGCCGCGAUGCGUAAUGUUAAAAUGUAUAUUCGCUGUCUGGCGUGUUAAAUCAGGAAGAGGCUACCCUUUGUUUCCUAUCGUAACGCUGUAUUGAUCGGCGGACAGGAAAGCGUUGAGAAGCUGCAGGAAAAAACAAAAUGGAUGAAAGUAUUGAAAAUGUUGACAACGACGACAUUGUCAUCAUUGUCGAAAACGAGGCGGAAAGUUUGCCAGCAGAGGACGACAGGCUGAAACCGCAAGGCGCCUUCGGGCUCAUGGACACCUGUCCCAUCUGCAAGUUGAGCUUCCACAACAGAGAGCCCAAACUCCUGCCGUGUCUUCACUCCUUCUGCAAGAGGUGUCUCCCUGUCCCCUUUAGAAGUGCCGACCCGAGGCGGGACUCCCAGGGUCAAGUGGACAGCAAAUCAUUGGGCGCCGUGCGAUGUCCAGUAUGCAGGCAGGAAUGCUGGGAGAUGGACAUGUUGGAUAAUUUCUUCGUGAAGGACUCCGCUGAAGUCCCGAGCAGCACCAUGGAGAAAAGCAGCCAGUUGUGCAUCAGCUGCGAAGACAACACAGAGGCGACGGGUUACUGCGUGGAGUGUGUGGAGUUUCUGUGUGUGACGUGUAUUGAGGCGCACCAAAGGGUCAAGUUCACCAGGGAUCACACCAUACGCCAGAAGGAGGAGAUGUCUCCAGAAGCAUUAGGUGUGUCCACACAGAAGCCUGUGUUUUGUGACAUCCACAAGCAGGAGCCCCUGAAGCUGUUUUGUGAGACGUGUGACCGGCUCACAUGUCGGGACUGUCAGCUGCUUAAGCACAAGGAUCACAACUACCAGUUUUUGGAUGAUGCAUACCGGAACCACAAGCAGCAUCUGGAGAACAUGACACAGCAGUUGCAAGAGAAAAGAAAGGCCAUCGAGGACGUGUCCAGCUGUAUCAGCUCUGGACUCCAGCAUGUCGAGGAAAACCGGAAGGCCGUCACCAAUGAAAUAAAAAAGUCCAUCUGUAACUUGAUCAUGGAAAUCAACAGGAAGGGAAAGAUUCUGGUUAACCAGCUUGAGGCUCUGACUAAAGACCACGAGCUGGGUUUGAAAAAGCAGCAAGAUGACGUCAACUCCCUGAGCAGGCACCUCGACCACGUCAUCAGCUUCACUAAAUGGGCCACAGCCAGCCACAGCGGGACGGCCCUGCUGUACUGCAAGAGACUGAUACUUUUCCAGAUUCAUUACCUGAUGAGAGCAAGCUGUAAUCCCUCCAUCGUCCCUCAGAGUUCUGUUCGCUUUCAGUGUCGCUCUGGCUUCUGGGCCACCAAUGUAGACCUCGGUUCUUUGGUUGUAGAAAGGGGCCAGAGCCGGACCCCCAUCACCAACCACCCGGCAGGUCCCAGAGCAGAAGCGCCCACUGGAGGACUUUCCGCUUCAGCUCAGCAGAUAGUGCGACAGAGCACAUUGGCUCAGCUGCAGAUGCAUGUGGAUAAGCUUGCCCAGCAGCCUACCAGACAACCCCCCCCGAACCACUGGUCCUGGUACCAAAAUGCCCGGGUCCCAGGGCACCCGGGGCAUCCACCCCCAACCAGACCCAGCCAUGGUGGGUCCUCCCCGUCUCAAGGCCCUCCAACCUUGGGACAGCCGGGACGCAGAUACGGAAGCUCCUACGCCAACCCGAGAAGCCCCACGUCGUCCAUGCUUCACAACACAGGAUUCCCACCUGCUCAGUCUUUGAGAGAUCUGAUCCAUAGCUCCAGCUUCCCUCCCAAACCAAUGGAUGUGUUGCAGGGUACAUCCCGCUACCCACAGCCUCUUUCUGCAGGAGCAGCUGCACAGAUGUCACUACAACAGCGGGGCCUAACGGAGUCCUCCUUCCUGAAGAGGAGUGAGGCUGGGGGAUCCGUGCCAUCCAUCACCAUCUCUAUUCCCAAACCCAGCUUUGCUCCAAAUCUCGCUUCCGCAACUACGGAUAAAACCAGUGCAUUUAACACGGCAGUUCAAGCAAGGCAAAACUCGCCAAUGGCCAAACCAUCUUCCUCAGACAGGGCCACAGGGACGACUUCCUGGAGGCAGAGCUCCGAGCCUCCGUCGGCCAAGCGGCGAAGAAGGUCGUCCCCUGGGCCCGUCAUUGUCAUCAAGGACGAACCAGAGGACGAGGAUGAUGUUCGAUUUGUGCAGUCCAGUGUUGGCUCCAGCCUGCCGGACAGCAGCACCGGCGCCCAGUCGAAGCCUCGCCAGCAGCCAAAGGCCCCCACUCCGGCCACGGCGCCCGAGGCGGAGUCCGGAGCGGAGUCGAGCGGCGCAGUCCAAGAGCCACGUGGGCAGCCCGCGGCACAGCCCGAGUCGGAGAAGAUGCCGGUGCCGGAGGAGGAUCCCAACGAGGACUGGUGCGCGGUCUGUCAGAACGGGGGCGAGCUGCUCUGUUGCGAUAAGUGUCCCAAAGUCUUCCACCUGGCCUGCCACAUUCCCGCACUGAAUGAGUCCCCCAGCGGGGAAUGGUUCUGUUCGCUCUGCCGAGACCUCGCCUCUCCCGAGAUGGAGUACGUCUGCGACAGCAAGGACGACCCCGUCUCUGAGGGGUUCCCUCCUCACGGAAGAAGGAAGUGCGAGAGGCUGCUGCUCCGUCUGUUCUGCAAUGACUUCAGCACCGACUUCCAGCAGCCCGCUGCUCCAUCAGAGACGAGACGGUACAAAGAGCUGAUCAAGACCCCGAUGGAUUUGUCAAUUGUGAAGAAGAAGCUGGAGUCAAAGUCAGCAGAAGGGGAAGGUUACAGCGGCCCGGAGGAGUGCGUUGCAGACAUCCGGCUCAUAUUUUUCAACUGUGCAAAGUACUACAAGGCGACCUCGGAGGUGGGGAGUGCAGGCUUGUACUUGGAGGACUACUUCGAGGAGCAGUUGAAACUAGUCUUCCCCGAUACGAUGUUCGCCGGAGGGAGGGAAGAACAGAUGAUUCCUCCCCUGGAAGAGGAGAUAGAUGAAGAGGAAGAGAUGGUGGCGGAGGGCGCGGCCCCCGUAAAAGACGACAAACCACAAAGUCCGGCAGAUAAGGGAAUUCCGCCUGUGGAAGAAGACCUGCCUCCUCUGGAAGAAGGAACGGCACUCGCCGAGGAAGCAAGGUCAGAGACGGAGGAGAAGGUGAGCGACGCAAGCAAAAAGGGGACGGAGGAUGAGGAGGAGGAGGAGGUGGUGGCGGUGCCAUCUGCUGCGGUGGAUCCACCUCCUGCAGAGGAGGCAAAGGAGGACGAGGAGAUUCCUGCCGAGGAGACGGAAUGCUCCCUGGCUGUUGAGGCCGAGACAAAAGAGGAGGAAUCUCCCAAAUCCCCAAAAGAGGAGGAGCCGCAGCUCCCCACGGACACGGACGUGCAUCGGCCUGAAGGCCGGGAGAAGUCGGCUCCCGCAGACGAAGCCAACAAGGAGGAGGAGGAGGAGCAGGAGGGAUAGAGGGAUUCCAGCAGGGAGAGACACUGUAGACCAGAUGGAUGAUUUCAGUCUUCCACAGAAGUGGCCCCAGUGGGGACCGGUGUUUGUUUUUUAGUGCGUUAUGUUAUAUUUGCAAUAUGAAAAAAGGUUUUUGCUAUGCUAAAUAGACUUCUUUAGUGGCAGUCAUGCAGUAGAUGCACAAUGGAGGGAGUAAAUUAUCUUUUUUCCCACUCAACGGUGGUUUGAAUUUCACUUUUGGUAUUUUCUGCAAUGACAUAACUGAAAAGCCCCAAAAGGUUAUUUGUUAAUCAUGAGAUCAUUUGGAAGAACAUAAAAAUAUGGAAAGAGAAAAAGGAUUUUAGUUGCAUGCAAGAUGUCUUGAUGUAAAUAUGAAUGCCUCCAUUUUUGUGUUUAUAGACUCUCCUACAAUAGCUACUGGGCUCAUGAACAAAUUAUGUUUUAUUACCAUAGUAUUUUAUUUUUUAUUUUGAUGGGUUUGUAUUGAAGUACAGCUAUCUGUAAAAAAAAUUGCGUUUUCUUUUUUAAUUAAGCUGGCUGGUUAUUUUAAAACACUUUUUUUUCCUUUCCAAUCUGUUUUAUCCUAAAGCAUUCUUGUUGUGUUUUUACACAAUAAUUCUUCAUAAUUUACUGUUAGGACUCUAUAAAAUAAUAUAACUAUCCAGAAACUGAAAACAGUUUGAAAUGUGCACAUUGUCUUUGUCCUUCUGCAGCAUGAUUACUUUUACAUGUAAGAUUUCUCCCCAGCUUUGUUGGUGUAGCUGUUUCAUCACUGACUCUGUCUGUUCAACAUUAACACAUAACACUUUAUUUAUUAAGGAUACACAUGAGGUGUAAAUUAACUCUGCAAACAAUGUUAUUACCUGUAUUUGCAAUAUUUGUAAUAAACAGGAUUGAAUAUAAUUAUGUUUGUUCUUAGCUCCCAUUGGCUGUCAUUUAUAUUUUAUUCUGUGAGAUACAUUAUCCGUAUUAAGAACCCUGCCCCCCGGAAUGAAGCUGACGUUCGCUAACGGUGAUCUGAUGGGGCACGAGCUGACUAACAGAAUGAAAAAAGGAAAGAAAACCUCUAAAAUAUACUACGUGAUAAUUGUUUUGUUAUAAUAUCCAUUCAGCUUUUUAUCUUCAUAACUUACCUGGUAAUUUUACAUCCCGUAACUGUAACCAAAUGACUUAUGCGACCCGGGGACGAAAGACGGUGCACAACAGAGGGAAUGCCUGACUUUUUCUGUAUCAAAAACCUUCAUAGGAGUUCAAAAUGUUUAAAUGAGUGUGUGACAUUCUUUUGUGGUAUAUUUGUGUUUUCGCAAUCACGUUUGAGAUCAGAUUUAUUCUCAUAUUUAUCUCAAGCUGAUAUAAUCUCAAACUGGUUCCAUGAACACGAGCCUGGUCAGGGAAAAACAC